CCGGGCGCUGGAAGGCUGGCUUCAAUACGGCGCAUGCUGUCAGUUGCCCUAUAAAACCCAACAACAACAACACUCGAGUAGUUCUCUCUGGCCACCACUUGUGUUAUUUCUCCUCUAGCAUAGGUCAACAACUCAACAGAAGAAUUAUGUUUACAUUGCUUACAAGUGAUAUAAGUGACAGAAAUAGUGUAAGCAAUGUUGACCACAUUAUCAUGAAUACAUUGUAAAUAUCUUCAUUUGUAUCAGGCAGAUCACAUCAUUAUUUUGACUUUUACAUCCAUACUCAGCAUCUGCUGGAUAUAACAUUACAUACUGAAAUAGUAUUGUUCUUAUACUAAUAUAAUACUGUACAUGUAUUAUCAACAUCCAUAAAGUUUAUUACCAUUAUAAAGUUAAUUAGCUUAUUAUAUAAAUGUUUAGUUGAUUUAUUAUAAGAAUGAAGUAUUGAGUCUUAAAAAAGUUAGGAUUUAUUCUCUACUAAUAUUUAACUAUACAGUGGUACCUUGACUUAAAGUGCUCCAACUUAUGAUUUUUCCGAGUUACGAGCCGUCACUCAGUCGAUUUUUUGCUUUGAGUUACAAACCAAAAUCCGAGUUGCGAGCGAAAAAAAAUAUUUACUGAAAAAAAAAAAUUUUACUGAAAAUGACAUUUGGCAAGAACCCCGACCUAAAUGGCACAACGAAAUGCUAGUGCGAUGUUCUCACUGGAGGUAAUCAUCUAAUUAUCUUCGGUUAUUCUACAAAAAAAUAAAGUUGCUAAGUUUUUGACAAAUGCAAAAUAUCUUGCCCUUUACUCCCACACAAGUCCCAAAAUAUGUGGAACAUUUCCAAUAUUCCACAAGCUAAUUGUAGAAUAAUCUUUUUUUAUGAUUCCUGUCAAUAUUAUUGCAUUUACUUCAAUAAUAAAUGAUGGGCUUCAUGAAAUAAGUCAAUAACUUAUUUCUGAGAUAUUCAUACAUCACUUCACUAGUGAUCUAGUGCAGUUAGCCUCUCAAAAACUCUGUUUUCUCUUACCCAGGACCAAAGAACACAUAGGAAGGAGCAGUAAUGAUUUUAUAUGCUCGGACUGGUCCUGGACACUCGCCAUAUUAUGGCCUAUUUUAUUCAUUCUGGAGUAUAUAUCAUGUUUCUGUGUCACUUACAGUGUUUAUUAUGUCAUAUUAGAUCAAUUCUGAAAGAUAAAUAAGCCAUAGAUAUUAGUGUUGUAUUAAAGUAUUUUCUCCUGGUCCUGGGGUGGUUUUUUUUUUGGGUUCUGGAACAGAUUAAUGGCAUUUUAAUUAAUUUCAGUGAGGAAAAUUGAUUUGAUAUAUGAGCAAAUUGAGUUACAGGCUUGGUCAUGGAACGAAUUAAACUCGUAAGUCAAGGUACAGCUGUAUUACUUUAAAAAAAAAUCUGUUAUCUUUCUAAACAUUAGGUUGAAGUAAUAACAUAUUCAGUUGUCUGUGUUAUCUUAUGUUGCCGAUUUUAAUAUGUAGUAAUUUUUUUUCUUGACUGUAUGUAGGAUAUUAUAUCAUCUGUAUUACUUUAUUACCAACAUUGACUGUGACCAGGAUAUUAUAUCAUCUGUAUUACUUCAGAUAUAAAAUUUUCACAGCAAGAUGCAGUACAUCCGAGUUCCUUCAAGGGAGCUAACAUAUCAGUGUUCUGAAUGUUUAAAGGAUUUUCCAUGUAAUUCACAUCUAAUAGAACACAUGAGAGUUCAUUCACUAGAAAAAACAUAUUAUUGUUCUGAAUGUCUGAAACACUUUUCACAGAGAUCAUACCUAAUACAACACAUGAGAGUUCAUUCACAAGAAAAACCAUAUCAGUGUUCUGAAUGUCUAAAACACUUUUCACGGAGAUCAUACCUAAUACGACACCUAAGAGUUCAUUCACAAGAGAAACCAUAUCAGUGUUCUGAAUGUCUGAAACACUUUUCACAGAGAUCACACCUAAUACAACACAUGAUAGUUCAUUCACAAGAAAAACUAUAUCACUGUUCUGAAUGUCUAAAAGAUUUUUCACGUAAAUCACAUCUAAUAGAACACAUGAGAGGUCAUUCACAAGAAAAACCAUUUCAGUGUUCUCACUGUCUAAAACACUUUUCACGGAGAUCAGAUCUAGUACAACACAUGAGAGUUCAUUCACAAGAAAAACCACAUCAGUGUUCUGAAUGUCUAAAACACUUUUCACGGAGAUCACACCUUACAGAACACAUGAGAGCUCAUUCACAAGAAAAGCCAUAUCAGUGUUCUGAAUGUCUAAAACACUUUUCACGGAGAUCAUACCUUAUUCAGCACAUGAGAGUUCAUUCACAAGAAAAGCCAUAUCAGUGUUCUGAAUGUCUAAACCACUUUUCACGGAGAUCAACCCUAAUUCGACACAUGAGAGUUCAUUCACUAGAAAAACCGUAUAAGUGUUCUGAAUGUCUAAAACACUUUUCAUGGAGAUCAUCCCUAAAAAAAGCACAUGACAGUUCAUACACAAAAUAAACCAUACAAGUGUUCUGAAUGUCUAAAAGAUUUUUCUAAAAAAUCUCAACUUCUGCAACACUUGAAGCUCACUCAUUAGAGAAUUCCUUCUAAGGAGGUUGCCUUGAUGCUGGUAAUGGGCUCUUAAUCCGAGAAAUUAGAGUUACUCCUUGCCUUCUUUGAUCAUAUAUGUAGACAGUAAGCCUACAUGCUUAGUUCUGAUAGUCUCCGCUAGAGAGAGUAACUGCAUGGGCCUACCCACAGCUCACACUACAUCACCUUUCUUCUGCCUCACUUGGUACCCAGGCAUCUUGGAGAUAACCAGAAGUCACUCCUCUCUCCCUUGCAGUAGGGCCCAGCAGGUUGGGUCCCAAGACACUUAAACACACUGCCUGUGUACAAGAACCCAAAUAAAGUAACAAGGCUCUGAAGCCUUAUCAUUCACCAGUACCAGAGAUCAACACACAUGAAAGAUAUUUGUAAUAUUGGUGGCAAGUGGCAGUUGCAGCAGCUGUUUGCCCAGAGAGAGGGAGGAAGAUGAUGAUGCUGUCUACUUCAUCAGCCAGUACAUGCAGCAUCCAUUUCUCAACAUAUCCUGAUAUUGUGUCUGCAAGUCUCAGCAGCCAGACACAGGUACAAGCAGGAUCCAGGCCGAAAUCUGCUGAAUUUCUUCAAGAAAUCUUAGCGGCAUCCCCUUGCGACUCCACAGCGACCCAUGUUGUUUGUCAGUCACGUGCUCAGUGUCAUCUGUACGUUGCUGUUGUUCAGUUCAGCAUGGCUAUUUCAGCAAGUCAGAGGUGAGUUUUGUGGUGUAUUCUGCAUCCAGUGUGGUUGAUUCUCCACAUGUUUGUGGGUAGGGAGGAGGAAAUGGUGGAAUCCUCACCUCACCCACACUUACCAUACACCACCACGCUCCUACCAUAACACUACUCUUCAGCACCACUCAAUGCUCUCACACCCUCACUGCUGUAUUCUCUGUGAAUUCAUUGCCAGAGCUGUGUAUCCAAGUGCCUGAGGUCAUUCAAAGCCAUGUGGAAAAGGCCACAUGGAUCUCCGAGUUAUGUGGAUCUACAAGCCACAUAGAUCUGCAAGCCAUGUCGAGCAAGCCACAUGGUUUACCAAGCUGCUUGAUGCUACCUUGAGACAUCACCAUGUUGCCCGACGUUACUCCAGGAUGUCACCAUGCUGCCCAGUGUCACUCCAGGAUGUCACCAUGCUGCCCAACAUCACCUAGGACGUCUACCCAACGUCACUCCGGGACAUCUGCCUGACAUCACCCGGCAUCACUCCAGGACGUCUGCCUGUCACCCGAUGUCACUCCAGGACGUCUGUCUGACGUCACCUCGCGAUGUAAACUUGGAUGUCUGCCUGAUGUCACCUCAUGAUGUCUGCCCAACAUCACCCUGACAUUACCUCAUGAUGUCUCCCCAUGACAUCACCUCACGAUGUCACACCUGACAUCACCCCAUGAUGUCCCAUCGACAGUGUUAUAGUUUCAUAGUGAGCAGUUCAUAUUCAGUAUUGUCAAGAACGAUUGAGAGAAGAUACGUGCCACAUAUUAAUUCCUCUCAUUGUUCCUUUACUAGUGUUCUCCCACAUUCACAAAUGCCUCAGUGUCAAUUUUUGCAAAGAAAAGCAUUUUCUAGUGCAAACCAUGUGUUGUUGUAUUACCAGGUGUGCAGUGCGGGUGUGCAUUACAUGUGUCCCUGAUGAAUGAUUGGUUUGAGCGCAGAUUAUUAACACUUGUGUUACGUUACCCUGUUGUGAUCGUUUGAUGACUGACGUUAGUCAGUCCAAGCAUCAGGUUACAAGUGCCAAGCCCCCAUGUGACCUCAAUGUGACUUCUGGUCUGACUUCCACUCUGAUCGAGAGGAUGACGUCAUCAAGCCGCAGCCUUCCUCUUCAGUGAGCAGUCUGCACAAGGUAUGAUUUCACUUUGACUGCUAGCCCACUCGUUCCAGUUAGGUGUAAGCUGCUAUGACUCCCAGAUGAUGCACCUGAGUCAUCCUGCUAUGACUCUCACUGGCACCAGUAAGCUGUGCUGCACUGUGUUCCCUGCAGUGACUGCCCAGCAACAGUACCAGUCGAGAGAUGAGUCACUUUCCAGAUGAAGUCCUGCCCAGUUGCCGAGUACUGACAACACCUCACUCAAGGGCACCAGCAGGUUGUGCCCCAGGUUGAGUGAACCCUGCAGCAAUUACUCCAUGAUGACUGCUUCACUGUUCCAGAUGAGACCGUACCCUGAUACUUCAUAGCUCAGCUGCAGCAAUGUCUCCAUGUGUUGCAGUAUAUAUCCAGAUGCAGGAAGACAUGCAGUGAUGCCUCCAAGUCUCAUUGCCUUUGACCAAGAUGUUUUAGCACACCUUCUCUUUUUUUCUUCCCUCCCUGUAGGAAGUUUUUUUUUGUUGUUGUUGCUCUGUCCACAUGUAUAUAUGCUUUUAUUUUGUGUUUUGUGCCCUGUUCCUUGCUUCUGCCUCACUUGUUGCCCAUGCAUCCUAGAGACAACAAGUCACUCCUGUCUCCCUUGCAGUGGGGCCCAGCAGGUUGGGCCCCAGGGCACUCAAACAAACUACCUGUGUACAAGAACCCAAAUAAAGUAACAAGGAUCCGAAGCUUUAUCACUCACCAGUACCGGGGAUCAACACACGCAAAACAUAUUUGUAACCCUUAACCCCUCACAUUUUCCAGGUGCUGUAUGACCCAUACUGGUUUAGCACUUGCUCUUGAAUAUAAUACAGUGGUCCCUCGUUUUUUGUAAUUAAUCCAUUCCUGGAAGUGUGACUGUUAUCGAAAUUGAUGAUUUUCGAAUCCAUUUUCCCCAUAAGAAAUAAUGUAAAUCCAAUUAAUUCGUUCCAGACACCCAGAAGUAUCAACAAUAAUUUUUUUUUUUACCUUAAAGAUAGAUUUACAUGAACAGAAGAAUGAACAUUCAACAUGACAGUUACCAUUAUUGAAGGCUGUUGUUGAUGAAUAGAAGACCGGGAGGAAGAGAAAGGGAAGAGAGGUUAUUGUUUGGAAGGAGAAUCCCCCUCCAGAAGGACUCUAGGUCACUUCAGGGGUCACUUCCCUAGCUUAAAUAUAGAUUUACUUGCAGAAAAGAAUGCCAAAUAAAUGUAAAGCACUAAUAAAAUGUAUAAAUAGACAUUUAACAUUACACUUACCUUUUAUUAAAGACUUUUGUUGGUGUAUGGCAGAGGGAGGGAAGGGAAGCUUAUUGUUGGAGAAUAUGACACUAAUAUCAACUCUACAGCUUAUUUAUCUAUCACAAUUCAACUAAUAUGACAUAAUAAACAAUAUUAAUAACAUAGAAACAUGAAAUAUACUCUAGAAUGAAUAAAAUAAGUUAUUAGUCACUAGAGGUGUUGUGUUGUUGUUGUUGGGUGUAUAAGGGCCACUGAGAGUAAGCCGUCCAUAAUGGUGGUGGAGGAGCAGCUGAGGCAGCAGUGUUUUCUGUAGCCCUAUAUAACUCCAACAACAUUGGAGG